AGUACUGUCAGCAUUUGUUAACGAUGGCCUCCAAUAGAGUCUCCGCUGUAUCCGCUAUCGUCGAUCACAAUCGUGACCUCUCCUAUGGUGUCGACACUAAGACCACCAAGCACUCAUUUGGCAUGCAUGUCUUCUCUGAUAGGGUCAUGCGUGAUGCCCUGCCACAUUCAAUCUACAAGCAGAUGCACAGCACUGUUGAGAACCACGAACCUCUCGACCCCUCCCUGGCCGACACCGUGGCUGCGGCUAUGAAGGACUGGGCUGUGGGUCUCGGCGCCACCCACUUCACCCACGUCUUCUACCCCCAUACCGGCUCUACUGCCGAGAAGCAUGAGAGCUUCAUUGAGCCUAGUGGUGACGGCUCUGCCUUGACCAGGUUCGACGGGUCGUCGUUGAUCCAGGGUGAGCCCGAUGCCUCCUCCUUCCCUAAUGGUGGUAUCAGAGGCACCUACGAGGCUCGUGGUUACACCGCAUGGGAUGUCACCUCUCCUGCUUAUGUCCUUGAGAAGGGUGGCACUAUGACGCUAUGUAUUCCCACUGCUUUCGUCUCUUGGACUGGUGACGCUAUCGACUUGAAGAUUCCACUGCUGAGGUCCAUGCAGGCAGUAGAAGAUGCGGCUCGGCGAGUGCUGUCUCAUUUUGUCUCCGAGUCCGAACCUAUCAGUAACAUCACUAGCUAUUGUGGACCUGAACAAGAGUACUUCCUAGUCGAUAAGCGUCUUGUUGCCCUAAGGCCUGAUCUGAUCAUCUGCGAUCGAACUCUAUUCGGUUGCGUCCCGCCAAAGUCGCAGCAGUUCGACGACCACUAUUUUGGUGCCAUCCCCGACCGCAUCCUCAAGUGCAUGACGGAGACUGAGAGUCGACUCUACAAGUUGGGUGUGCCUAUCAAAUGCCGACACAAUGAGGUCGCCCCCGGCCAAUUCGAGAUAGUCCCUCUCUUUGAGACCGCCAACAUAGCUUCGGACCAUCAGCAUUUGAUCAUGCAAGUCCUCAAGAACACUGCGGAGAAGCACGGCUUCGCAGCUAUUCUCCACGAGAAGCCUUUCGCUGGUGUCAACGGUUCCGGCAAGCAUGUCAACUGGAGCAUUGGAAAUUCUACUCAAGGCAACUUUUUCGAGCCUACAGAGAAUCCAGGAGCCAACACAAGAUUUUUGUUUUUUAUUGCUGCUGUCAUUCGUGCCGUUGAUAUUCACGCUGGUCUCCUCAGAGGCAGUAUUGCUAGUGCUUCCAACGACCAUCGAUUGGGUGCGCAGGAAGCUCCUCCUGCUAUCAUCUCUAUCUACCUCGGUGAUCAGCUUUUUGACAUAUUCGAGCAGAUCAAGUCGGCGACCAAGGCUGGAGAGUCCGAUAUGGGCGAGUACAAGUUGGAGACUCGAGUUAAACGCACUUCGAUGACUCUGGGUGCGAAGACUCUGCCUUCUCUCAACAAGGACGCUGGUGACCGGAAUAGGACUAGCCCGUUCGCCUUCACGGGCAACAAGUUCGAGUUCAGAGCAGUGGGCUCCAGCCAGUCCUUGUCACCCUCAUUGAUCGUGCUGAACACUAUCAUGGCGCAGAGUUUGGCGUACUUGGGUGGUCUUCUUGAGGAGCGUAUCAAGAACGGUAUGCAGCUUGAGGAAGCUUCGAAGGCGAUCAUCGGUGAGGUGUAUAGAGAUCAUGGACGUGUGGUAUUCAAUGGUGACGGAUACUCCGACGCUUGGAAGGAGGAGGCUGCCAGUCGCGGCCUGAAAAUACUUGCCAAAUCUCCUGAGGCUAUUGCUGAGUUUGCGACUCCGGAAACUAUCGCACUGUUUGAGAGCUGCGGAGUGAUGAAUCAGUCGGAGCUCACUGCUAAGAAGAAUAUCCUACUGGAGAUAUACUUCAAUCGCAUAGCGGUCGAAGCUCGAUGCGCCUAUAGGAUUGCCAAUACUAUGAUCCUCCCCGCCUGUAUCAAGUACCAGACUGAUCUCGCUGUGAACGUCGAAAGGCUGAAGUCUGCUACUGGGUUGGCACCUGAGUUUACAACUGCUAGGCUGUACGAGGUCAGUCAGCUUAUAGAGCAUUUGGGGAAGGCUUUGGCAGCUUUGAAGGCAAUGGUUGACCAUAAGGACAACAGCGACGAUCCGAUGGUUCAUGCGAGGUUUGCUGCUGAUGAGAUGAGGCCGGCUAUGAAAGAUUUGAGGGAUACUGUCGAUUCAUUGGAGCAAAUUUUAGCUGACGAAUAUUGGCCUCUUCCCACAUAUCAGGAGAUGCUAUUCAUCAAGUAAUUACGUAUUUCAUCAUUUUUCACAUAUUACGCUACUCACUGAUGUAACCAACGAUUUAGUAUCUGUAG